AGAAGAAAAAAGAGUGAAAAGAGCAAGUUCGAGAUUAAAUAGACGACAAUAUAAUCAAGGGGAAUUUAAAGGGUGUUCUCAUGGAACAGUCCCUUUUAGGAGGGUUCAGAAGGAAGAUUUGAUCAAUGAUAAAGCAAUUCGUGAUCUUCGUCGUCCAAGAUCAGUAAAUUUAACACAAGGGCUCACGCCUGAAAUGCAUGUAAGUAUGUUCGACUGUACAAUAUCCAUUAAAUCAGAUAUUCAGAUACAGAGUACUAACUUUGCUAGUGAUUUUAACCUUAUUGAUUCGGGUACUCCGAAGUAUGCAGCGUUGACAACUCCAGAUGAUAAAUCCAGAAAGAUAGAAGGAGCAUCGACAUUCAUCACAGUAUACAACUUAUCAGUCCAAGCACCCCAAUUAAGCGAGGCUCUACUAUGGAUUGGUUCCGGUGUUAGUGGUUCAUAUAGCAGUGUAGAGUAUGGAUGGACAGUAAGUUUCAAUAUCAAUUAAAUCUCUCUGCUGCAAACUUACAUCAGGCAAAUGAUACUCUGUCCAAUUUUCAUUUACAAUAUUUUCUCUUGGUUUGCAGGUAAAUCCACAAUUGUAUGGAGAUAGUCAAUCGCGAACUUAUAGCCAGUGGACUGUAAGUUAGUUUAUUAAAAUGUUGAGGCACUCGCUAGAAAAUCUCAUUUAAAAAUACUGUACAAAUAGAAAGUGGUGCUAAGAUAUAGUAAGAUUUAAUCCCGUCUAUAUUAUUUGCCCAUUUAUGUUCAAGAAAGAAGCAAAAACUGUUCACGACUAUACUAACACUAACCAUCAACAUUCCAUGAUAUAUACAAGUAUGUGAUUAUUGGAAAAAAAUUUGUGUCGGAUUUCAGGCAGAUGGUUUCCAAAGCACAGGAUGCUAUAACUCACUUUGCCCAGGGUAUGUGCAAAUAAGUCCAAGAUUGCCAAUGGGUUCAACAAGUAAUCCUGUUUCGACCGAUGGAGGAAAGACCUAUGGCAUGGAUAUCAAGAUCUACAGGGUAAUAUCUUCAAAAUAAUCUAACUUGUUUUCUACUACACAUUUUACACAUUUUUUAGUAGAAUCUCAUCCAUUACCAAAAUUGUCUUACAGGAUCUAAAGACAAGCAAUUGGUGGAUUAUUGAAAACUUUAGUGACUUAGAAAACGAACCAAUAGGUUACUGGCCAAAAGAGUUAUUUCCAACACUGGCGGAUUCUACUACUGUACUGCAAUUAGGAGGGAAGGUUUAUAGCCCUUCAAACAUCCCUAAACCAGCUCCAAUGGGAUCAGGAGUCUAUUGCAGCACAUGAUCUCACCAGAAGUUGUUACGCUUCCAAACUCGCUUACAUGGAUACAGACGGAGAGUUUUACUUACCAAAAAAUCUUCCCAUUCAAGUGACUGCUGAUAAUCUUGAUGUAUACAAGGCAGAUUACUUGGGGAAGAUAGAUGAUGACAAUGGAUAUACCCUGUUGUUUGGGGGACCUGACCACAUUGGUUAGAAUUUUAUGUAUGAUCCCUUAACUAAACUUGUCUAGUCUAUUGCCAUGCUAGAUUUAAUCCUAAACCUGUAUAAAAAUAAGCCCUAAUCGCUUUUACUCCAAUAUCAGAAAUCUUCUCACAGGGCAUAUCCUCAUAUGUAAGCCUAUUCAGUGUACGGACAUAGGAUGUAUUCCCUUUAUCCCUAUAUAAUACUUGGUAUGUUCCAUAAUCUCACAUUUGAUUGAGGAUUAUAUUUAUGUAAGCCUAUUCAGUGUACGGACAUAGGAUUAUAUUGGUUGAAAGCCUAUAGUUACAAGAGCGACCACUUCAGUCCUCAGGGAUGGUAGAACCAUCUACAUCCCAUUUAGUCAUGCUUUUGAGUACAGUCAACCCCGCCCCCCACGACCAUCCACCAGUGGGGUUCCCCAAUUUUCCCCCAGGCCUGGACCUACAAGCACAAAGAAAGAAAUCUUUUCAAAAACAAAUUUUUAGUAUCCUAUAGCCAGUUGAAGUUAAUCAUCCACCAUUCAUUCUACCUCGGAAUCCUUUUGGGAUUAAAGCUUUGUGGUUAUUGUUGUAUUCUACCUUGGAAAUAUUUGACUAUUUGUGUCACAGUGACAAGAGUGGUUGAGCUUAAGAUACAACCCUAAGCCCCUAAUGACCAUACAACUAUUACUAUAACCUAUCUCUAAGACCACUUUUAACCAUGAUAGUCAAUAGCACAAGAACAAGUAGGAUGGAUGGAAAUAUUAUUUUGACUAAUCUUUCUAAUUUGGCUUUCUUUAAAAUCACAUCCCUUGUUCGGUUGUCCCUACAAAUAAUUUCUCAUUUAUCUCUAUCCCACAAAAGUUAACAUUUCCAGAGGGCACAUAGUUUUAAUAGAUAACUUUUCCAUGUUACUCCCUUCGUCCCACAAUAAAAUUCUACUGCCAAUACUCUCCUAAAACUAUGGAGGGGGUAACAUGAAAAACUAUUUUUUCACUUUUUUUUUUUCCACUUUUUCCUUGACAUACGCAACAUCAAUUCAAGUUCACAUACAUCUAAUUACUAUGUCAAGGAAAAUUAUAAUCAAUAGCUAAAAAUCCUGACUUUAACACAAAGACUUGUUCAAUGCUCCAAAUCAUAUGAUUGAAAAGGAGAAAAAUGGAGAGAUUUGGAAGAUAUUAAGCUACUCUAUUAGUGAUACUGCCGGCCACUAUCAGCCUACAGUAAUGCUUUUAUUGUCUAGUUCCUGUCAAUUUAGUGCAGCCUUGGCCCGGCCAUCUUUAUCAAGCCUGCGGUUAUCAAAGUGCUACCACCACAACUUUAAUGACUUACAAUACCAUUUUAAUUGCGGAGUGCCUCUAUUUCUGACUAUAUAAUUUUUUUUCUUAAAUCAGGCUAAAUAGACUAAUUGACUGUCACACUGUUACCACUGUCAAUUACUCAAAUAUUUUUUAAGCAAACGAUAUCAUCACUAAUAAUUACUCCCCCGAGAUGUGAUAGGUCAAACACUAAGGUUUGUAAAUAAUGUCGAAAGUGUGAAAACUAGAUACGGCUUUUUUUAUAUACUUGGGUACGAUUUAGAGAGCUCAACGAUUAAGUUAAACUCUUACUUCCUCAUCCUUAAUACAGCUUAUCUUGGCAGAUUUAUCAAGAGAACGAAAGUAGUGUGAACUGUGGAUACAUAUAAAGUAUACACAAGCAAAAAGAUACCCAAAAAAAAAGUAAUUACAGAGUAUAUUUGGUGUUUAGGGGAUUGGCGGGACAGUUAUGAGCAAUUAUUAGCCAAAAGUAUAUUCUUCAGAAAUUCCAGCUCUUACUCAUUUCAACAACAAAGUAAUGGAACAUUUUUUCAUACUUAUUCAUUUCGUACACUUCACCCAAAAUCUUAAAGUGUUCAUUAAAAAAAUUUAAUGGUUAUAGUAUGAGAUUCAUGAUCCUUUUCUAGGAAAAUAGAAAAGAUCCUAACCAGGUUCUAACAGGUCAGGUACACCUUUGACACUCCAUUAGUAGGACCAAUUAGGCAACCAUGAAUGAUAAACUAAAAAUCAAAGGCAGGGUCAAAUAAUCAAAGAAUAGAUAAUCUUAUUGCACUCUCAUUUGAUUCUUGACAUGUUUACAAGAAAACUAAAAAGAACUAUCCUUUCUUUUUCAUUGUUCUUUAUUAAUUUUUGGGUGUAAAAAGAAGGGAAUUGAUGUUCUUUAUAAAUUUUUAGUGUAGAAAGAAAGGGAAUUAUCUACAAUAACCUUGUAUUAGAUCAUUUUCUUACUAUUAAGUCUGAUCAUUUUGAUAAAUGGUCUUCGCUACAAAGUUACAAUAGAUAAUUUCUCUCAAAUGAUCGUAAUCAUCAAAAGAUUGGAAUGAAAGGGAUAAUUGUAAUACGACUAGUCAAAUGUAAGAUAGCCCACAAGUGUAGAUUGAAAGACAAAAAGGGGGGGUCUUUAGUACUAUGACCUGUUAAAAGUCACCACUAUGGCUCCUUAAUAAGUGCGUUUGUCCAAAAAAUGCAUUUAAAGUGGGGCUAUGCUUUAUAAUACUUCCAAACUAAGCAAUACCCUCAAAAAACUAAAUAAACUCUUUAAGAUAUGAGUAAUAAAAAGCAAUAGUAGUAGGCAAAUAAUAUGAAAGCAGAGCACAAAACCAAGACAGUUUGAAGAAGUUACCCAAAGAAUGCAGUCAACUUCAACAAGGGAGGUCACAGAAUUGUGCUUCCAUGGCUGCUGCCCAACUCCUUUCUUCACUCUAAAUGAAGCUGAUAAAUCCAUCGCUGCUAAACCGAGAAAUUCUUCAGCUGAAAACCGUCGCACUUUUGCUUCCACCACCUCUUCCUCUUUGUUCCCUAACACUGAGUUUAACAACCCUGACUCCCUUCCUUCCCUGCAAGAAGCAUUUGAUCAGUUCAUCAGAACCUACCCAAACUACACUGAGACUUACCAAAUUGAUGAAAUACGUGCUCAAGAGUACUACAAUCUUUCCCUCUCUAACCAUGUAUGCCUUGAUUACAUUGGCAUUGGCUUGUUCUCUUUUUCACAGCUUCACAAUCAGCUUUCUCUCACAUAUCCUUCAACAUCAUCUUCACCGCCUCCAUUGCGGCCCCACAGCUCGGAAUUUCCGGUGUUCCACUUAUCGUACAAGUCAGUAAAUCUGAAGAACCACCUGCUUGAAGGAGGAAAUGAAUCGAGAUUGGAGUCUGCGAUCAAGAAAAGGAUCAGGGAAUUCCUCAACAUUAGUGAAGAUGAUUAUUCUGUAGUUCUGACAGCAAACAGAACAUCAGCCUUCAGAUUAGUUGCAGAGUCAUAUCCUUUUGGGUCUUGUAAGAAGCUCCUCACUGUCUAUGAUCAUGAUAGUGAGGCAGUAGAUACAAUGAUUAAUAGCUCAGAGAAGAGAGGAGCUCAAGCAAUGGCAGCUGAGUUUACAUGGCCAAGAUUAAGGAUUCAAUCAUCAAAAUUGAGGAGUAUGAUUACCAGCAAGAGAAUGAUCAGCAAGAAAAGAGGGCUUUUUGUUUUCCAGCUUCAAUCAAGAGUGACAGGUGCUAGAUACUCUUACCAAUGGAUGAAAGUGGCACAAGAACAUGGAUGGCAUAUCCUUCUUGAUGCCUGUGCUGUGGGACCAAAAGACAUGGAUAGUCUGGGACUGUCUCUCUUCCAGCCAGAUUUCUUAAUAUGCUCUUUCUACAAGGUUUUUGGGGAGAACCCAUCUGGAUUUGGGUGUCUCUUUGUCAAGAAAUCAGCCAUUUCGAUCCUGGAAACUUCAACUUCUGCUGGAAUUGUAAGUAUUGUCUCAGCAAGGAAGUUAUUUUACCUGCCUGAAGAAUCUUCUGGCACUGAAACAGAGUUUGAACAAGAGCUUGAGUUGGGCGGCUCAUCAUCAUCAAAUUCCUUCUCUGGUCCUAUAUCCAUCCAAGCACCGACAAUGGAAAAAGGAGAGUCCUCUACGUCAGUAAGGAAUAAAGAUACAAGAGUCAAGAUCAAUGGACAAAAAAUCUCAGAAAUUGAAGUGAUAGAUGAAGGUAGUGAUCUUUUUGUUGAGCGACGAAGCACGGUAAUCCGCAGAAAAAGGAAUUCACUCGUUGAAUGUAGGUGCUUGGAUCAUAUUGAUGCAUUGGGGCUCUCACUGGUAAAUAGUAGGAGCAGGUACCUUGUCAAUUGGCUCAUUAAUGGUUUAACAAAGCUCCAGCACCCAAAUGCAGAAAGGGCAGUUCCCUUGGUAAAAAUAUAUGGGCCAAAGAUAAAGUUUGAUCGAGGACCAGCCUUGGCUUUCAAUUUGUUUGAUUGGAAAGGCGAAAAGGUUGAGCCUAUUCUAAUACAGAAACUUGCUGAUAGGAAAAGCAUAUCAUUAAGCUAUGGUUUUCUGCAUCAUAUUUGGUUUCCAGAAAAGUAUGAACACCAAAAGUCUAGUGUUCUUGAGAAGAGAAGAUGUGAAGCAAAGGAAAACCCAGGAAACAAAAAGAAAGGAAAAGAAAACCUAGGUAUAAGAGUAGUUACAGCUGCAUUCGGAUUCAUUGCCACAUUUGCAGAUGCUUACAAGCUUUGGGCUUUUGUUGCUCAGUUCUUGGAUGCAGACUUUGUGGAGAAAGAGAGAUGGCGAUACACUGCCCUUAAUCAGACAACCAUUGAAAUCUGAACGGCGGCAAUUCUUAGUUCAAUAAUCAAUUUUCCAGAGUUUUCGGAAUCAUGAGGUCACCAAUGCUUACAGGUGAAGCAUACCAAGGUUCAUAGUGUGAUUGAAUCAAGGAUCUGUUAUCUCUUUACCUUUUUGACAGCAUAUUUUAUACAAAGUAUAUGCCAUUAUUGUACAUCUCACUUCACAAUCUGGUAAAAUUCCUUUUAUUAUACUCAUAAAACAACAAAACGUACCUGCUGCUUCUAAUAGCUCCUGAUAAGCAUAUUCCCUUCAAAUUGUCAGCAUUUCAGGUAGAAUUUUUGAGUUCUUUUGCAGAAUUCCAGCCCAAUCAUUGCCCUUCAGUGUUUCAACAUCAGUCUUAUCUGAUACAGUUUAUGUCUUACAUGACAUUAUUACAAAUGAAUAGCAUGAAAUCUUUGUUUAUAGUAUUUAUACCAUAAAAGCACUACCAGUGGUACAAACAAAAAAUUUGCCAGCAUUUUAUGAUGACUAAAAUGAUAAUAUCUAACUAGACAUAUAAUGUAAACAUAUGCAAACACAACAAAGCUAUGUCAGUAUAUGCCAGCACACUCUGCAAGAAAAUGUCUGGUAAAGAGUGAAUUGUAAGGAACAAGAGUAAAUUAGACUCCAAGUAACAGCCUUGACGAGUCAAUCUAUGCUUUUGUAAUAUUUGGUUAAGGGUAAACCGUAAAAGUAGUGGAGAU